AUUUUUCUUCUCCGGCCCCAUGGAGGAAGUGAGAAAGUUGGCACGGUCACCCAGGGCUUCGCAGGACCCGGUCACUCAGUGACAGAUGGACAAUGCAAGAAUGAGCUCCUUUCUGGAAUACCCCAUCCUCGGCGGUGGCGACUCCGCGACCUGCUCAGCGCGAGCCUACCCCUCAGAUCAUGGAAUUACAACUUUCCAGUCGUGCGCGGUCAGUGCCAACAGCUGUGGCGGCGACGACCGCUUCCUCGUGGGCCGGGGGGUGCAGAUCAGCUCGCCCCACCACCACCACCACCACCACCAUCACCACCCCCAGCCGGCCACCUACCAGACUCCUGGGAACCUGGGGGUGUCAUACUCCCACUCGAGUUGUGGUCCAAGCUACGGAGCGCAGAACUUCGGCGCUCCUUACAGCCCUUACGCGUUAAAUCAGGAAGCAGAAGUAAGUGGUGGGUACCCCUCGUGCGCUCCCGCUGUUUACUCUGGAAAUCUCUCAUCUCCCAUGGUCCAACAUCACCACCACCACCAGGGUUAUGCCGGGGGCGCGGUGGGAUCGCCUCAGUACAUUCACCACUCAUAUGGACAAGAGCACCAGAGCCUGGCCCUGGCCACGUAUAAUAACUCCCUGUCCCCUCUCCACGCCAGCCACCAAGAGGCCUGUCGCUCCCCUCCAUCAGAGACGUCUUCUCCAGCGCAGACCUUUGACUGGAUGAAAGUCAAAAGAAACCCUCCCAAAACAGGAAAAGUUGGAGAGUACGGCUACGUGGGCCAGCCCAACGCCGUGCGCACCAGCUUCACCACCAAGCAGCUCACCGAGCUGGAGAAGGAGUUCCACUUCAACAAGUACCUGACGCGCGCGCGCAGGGUGGAGAUCGCCGCGUCCCUGCAGCUCAACGAGACCCAGGUGAAGAUCUGGUUCCAGAACCGCCGGAUGAAGCAGAAGAAACGAGAGAAGGAGGGCCUCUUGCCCAUCUCUCCCGCCACCCCGCCGGGCAGCGAGAAGGCCGAGGAGUCCUCGGAGAAGUCCAGCUCGUCGCCCUGCGUCCCUUCCCCGGGGUCUGCGACCUCGGACACUCUGACUACCUCCCACUGAGGCGGCCCAGCCCCAGACGCCGCCGCCCAGGCUACUCCUCCGCCUGGGACUUUUUACUCAAAGCACAUUCUUAGCUUAUCUUCGUUUCCAUUUGCAGUCUCUUUCUUUCUGAUGCUAUCUGGGAAGCUCUUGGGUAGGAUAAUCUGUUUACUGAGAAUUCUGGACUAGAUGCUUGAUUUGGGGUGGGGGGUGUUAACUCUUUAAUGCAGAUUGGGGGCCAGCACCGAUUUUCUGAUGGCCCCUACUUUGAGGAGAUUUCCACAGAACCUGCUGUUCCUCUCAGAUGCCCCUUGGAACAUAGUCUCCUUUGCUGGCAGAAACACGUCAAAGGGAGGCCUCAAUUUUUUUUUUUUUAAUCUAUCUGUAUAUUUACAGUUCUCCCCUACUUCGCCCUCAAAGUGGGGUAGAAAGGAGAGAGUCCAGGAGCUCAUGAAGAAGAGAUGCACUAUGAGCGUGUUUACACAAUUAAUUCACCUUUUAAUUUAAUUCAAUUUCAUGUGUGAGUUUGCUGGUUGUAAAUACUUUGUCCUGAGAGAUUUAUCUUUAUACAGAUUUUCUAGAAAUCUUUAGAUGAAGCGACUGAAACAGGGUGGGCAAACUCUCAAUGCUGGUACACUUUUAUAUGUGAUUAUAGGUUAAAAAAUAAAAGCCCUCAUUUAAACUGAA